ACCCGGCACCCGGCACCGCUGCGCGGAGAGCGCUCAGACCGCGGCGGCUGCCGGCGGAGGACACCAACUCCGCACGCCGCGCGACAGGCGCCUCGGACCGCGGCUCCCGAGGCCCGCGACCCCCGAGGCCCGCGACCACCACGCGUCCUUCUCUCGGGCGCUCCUGUCUGUCUGUCUGUCUCUCUCUCUCUCUCUCACACACACACACACACACACACACGCACACACGCGCGCACACACAAUCUCACACCAGUCUAUACACUGGAGGAGAAAACAUUUCCUAAGCGCCCCCUCCCUCUCCACCCCGAGAAGCUGAGGAGCCGCGUGGGGGGGACCCCCGGGCUGCCUGGAAAUGCUGAUCCUAAAGCGCUUCCUCGCCUGUAUUCAGCUCCUGUGUGUUUGCCGCCUGGAUUGGGCUUAUGGAUACUACAGACAACAAAGAAAACUUGUUGAAGAGAUUGGCUGGUCCUAUACAGGAGCACUGAAUCAGAAAAAUUGGGGAAAGAAAUACCCAACAUGUAAUAGCCCCAAACAAUCUCCCAUCAAUAUUGAUGAAGAUCUUACACAAGUCAAUGUGAAUCUUAAGAAACUUAAAUUUCAGGGUUGGGAUAAACCGUCUGUGGAAAAAACGUUCAUUCAUAACACUGGGAAAACAGUGGAAAUUAAUCUCACUAAUGACUACCGUCUCAGUGGAGGAGUUUCAGAAAUUGUGUUCAGAGCAAGCAAGAUCACUUUCCACUGGGGAAAAUGCAAUAUGUCAUCUGAUGGAUCCGAGCACAGUUUAGAAGGACAAAAAUUUCCACUUGAGAUGCAAAUCUACUGCUUUGAUGCGGACCGAUUUUCAAGUUUUGAGGAAGCAGUUAAAGGCAAAGGAAAGUUAAGAGCUUUAUCCAUUUUAUUUGAGGUUGGAAUAGAAGAAAAUUUGGAUUACAAAACAAUUAUUGAUGGAAUCGAGAGCGUUAGCCGUUUUGGGAAGCAGGCUGUGUUAGAUCCAUUUAUAUUGCUGAACCUUCUACCAAACUCAACUGACAAGUAUUAUACUUACAACGGCUCGUUGACCUCUCCCCCCUGCAUGGACACUGUUGACUGGAUUAUUUUUAAAGAUACAGUUAGCAUCUCUGAAAGCCAGCUGGCUGUUUUUUGUGAAGUUCUUACAAUGCAACAGUCUGGUUAUGUCAUGCUGAUGGACUACUUACAAAAUAAUUUUCGAGAACAACAGUACAAGUUCUCUAGGCAGGUGUUUUCCUCAUAUACUGGAAAGGAAGAGAUUCAUGAAGCAGUUUGUAGUUCAGAACCAGAAAAUGUUCAAGCUGACCCAGAGAACUACACCAGCCUUCUUGUUACCUGGGAGAGACCUCGCGUCGUUUAUGAUACCAUGAUUGAGAAGUUUGCAGUUCUGUACCAGCAGUUAGAGGGAGAAGACCAAACAAAGCAUGAAUUUUUGACAGAUGGCUACCAAGACUUGGGUGCUAUUCUCAAUAAUUUACUACCCAAUAUGAGUUAUGUCCUCCAAAUAGUAGCCAUAUGCACCAAUGGCUUGUAUGGAAAAUACAGUGACCAGCUGGUUGUUGACAUGCCUUCCGAUGACCCUGAACUUGACCUCUUCCCUGAUCUAAUUGGAACUGAAGAAAUAAUUAAGGAGGAAGAAGAGGGAAAAGCCAUAGAAGAAGACAUUGCUGUGAAUCCUGGUAGAGACAGCGCUACAAACCAAAUAAGGAGAAAGGAAGCCCAGGUUCCUACCACAACAAACUACAGUCGUGUAGGGACCACGUACAAUGAGGCCAAGACUAACCGAUCCCCAACAGGAGGAAGUGAAUUUUCUGGAAAGGGUGAUAUUCCCAGCACAUCUCUGGAUUCCACGUCCCAUCCGGUCACUGAAUUAGCCCCAGGAAAAGACGUUGCUUUGAUUUCACAGACGGUGUCCCAGCGGACGCCUCACACUCUGGGAGGCUCUCCCGCCUCUUCCAGCGAGGGCUCUAAAACUGUUCUCAGGUUUCCGCACAUGAACACAUCUGGGACUGUAGAAUCUUUGAACACCGUUUCUGUAAUGGAAUCUGAAGAGGUAUCUACUGAUAUCGGUGAGGAUGAAAAUUUACUGACCGACUUCAAGCUUGACCCAGGAGGCGAUGAUUCUUCAGGCUCCAGUCCGGCAGCUUCUGCCACGCCAUUCAUCUCUGAGAGCGUAUCCCAUGGGUAUAUGUUUCCUUCAGAAAACCCAGAGGCAGUCACACAUGAUGUCCUUCUACCUGAAUCUACAAGAAACGCUUCAGAAGAUUCAGCCUCAUCAGGUUCAGAAGACUCUCUCAAGGAUCCUUCCAUUGACGGGAACGUGUGGUUUCCUAGCACUACAGAUGUGACGCCACAGCCCGAUGUUGGGUCAGGCAGAGAGAGCUUUCCCCGGGCUAAUCACACUGAGAUACAUAUUGAUGAAUCUGAGGAGACAACUGAGGCCCCUUCUCCAGGCCCACUGGUGUCUCAGGGUCCCUCAGCCACAGACAUGGAAAUGCCCCAUUAUUCUACCUUCACCUACUUCCCGACUGAGGUAACACCUCAUGCUUUUACUCCGUCUUCGGGACAACAGGAUUUGGUCCCCACGGUCAGCGUGGUUCACUCGCAGACAACUCAGCCAGUAUACAAUGGUGAGACACCUCUCCAACCUUCCUACAGUAGUGAAGUCUUUCCUCUAGUCACCCCUUUGUUGCUUGACAAACAGCUCCUCAGCACUCUCCCUGCUGCUUCAAGUAGUGAUUCGGCCUUGCAUGCUACGCCUGUAUUUCCCAGUGUCGAUGUGUCAGUUGAAUCCAUCCUGUCUUCCUAUGAUGGUGCACCUUUGCUUCCAUUUUCCUCUGCUUCCUUCAGUAGUGAAUUGUUCCACCAUCUGUAUACAGUUUCUCAAAUCCUUCCACAAGCUACUUCAGCUGUUGAGAGCGAUCAGGUGCCCCUGCAUGCUUCUCUGCCAGUGGCUGGGGGUGAUUUGCUAGUAGAGCCCAGCCUUGCUCAAUAUUCUGAUGUGGUGUCACAUCAGACCACUGCUCGUGCUGCUCCAGAGACACUGGAAUGUGGUGGUAGUGAAUCUGGUGCCCCUUAUAAAAUGCUUAUGUUCUCUCAAGUUGAACUGUCCAGCAGUGAUGUCCUGAUGCAUGCACACUAUUCAGGGCCUGAAACCUCGUAUGCCUUAUCUAAUAAUGAGGGCUCCCAACACUUCUUCACUGUUCCUUACAGUUCUGCAAUACCUGUGCAUGGUUCUGUUGAUGUAUCUCAUCAGGCUUCCUUGCUUAGCAGCGCUAGCCACACACCGAUGCCUAAGUCUUCAUUAGGAACCCCAGCUGCACCGUUGCCGCUGCUCACUCGUGGCCUCUCUGGUGACGGGGAGUGGUCUGGAGCCUCUUCUGGUAGUGAAUUUCUUUUACCUGACACAGAUGGUCCGACAGCCCUUAACAUCUCUUCACCUGUUUCUGUAGCUGAAUUGACAUAUACAACACCUGUGUUUGGUGACGAUAAUAAGCUGCUUUCUAAAAGUGACAUAAUAUAUGGAAAUGAGACUGAACUGAGCAUUUCUUCUUUCAGUAAGAUGGUUUACCAUUCUGAAGGCACAGUCAUGCCCAACCUGUAUGAUAAUGUAAAUAAGUUGAAUGCAUCUUUACAAGAAUCUUCUGUUUCCAUAUCUAGCACAAAAGGCAUAUUUCCAGGGUCUCUUGCUUACACUGCCACUAAGGUUUUUGAUCAUGAGAUUAGUCAAGUUCCAGAAAAUAACUUGUCAGUUCAACCUACACAUGUUGUAUCUCAAGCAUUUGGUGACACUUUGCUCAAACUUGUGCUUAGUGUAAACUCAGAGCCAGCGACCUCUGACCCUGCUUCUAGUGAAAUGUUAUCUUCUUCAACUCAGCUCUUAUUUCAUGAGGCCUCAGCUUCUUCUAAUACUGAAGUAUUGCUGCCACCUUCCUUUCAGGCUUCUGAUGUUGACACAUUGCUUAAAACUGCUCUUCCAGCUCUGCCUAGUGAUCCAGUAUUGGCUGACACCCCCAAGGUUGAUCAAAUUAGUUCUACGGUAUUGUGCCCCACGGCAUCAAAUUCUGCUUCAAGUGAAAAUACGCUGCACUCUACAUCUGUACCAGGUUUUGCGCCUGCCUCUAAUAUACAUGCUGCUUCACUUCUCGGUUUAACCAUUUCUUAUGCAAGUGAGAAAUAUUUUGAACCAGGUUUUAAAAGUGAAAGUUCCCAGCAACUGGUACCUUCGUUGUACAGUAACAAUGAGAUGUUCCAAACUGCUAGUUUGGAGACUAACCAUGGCUUUCCCCCAAAAGGAAGGCAUGCAUUUGCCACUCCUGUUUUAUCUGUUGAUAUGCCACCAAAUACACUUAUAAAUAAGCUUACAUAUUCCAAUAAAGUUUCCACCACCAGCAAGGUUUCUAUUACCGAGGAGGUAUUUGCUGGUUUUCCUGAAACACUUGUAACUGCCGAUCAUUCUGUUCCUUUAGGAAAUGUGUAUGCUUCCUUUACAGCUAUUUCUCCCAGCAAAGAUGGUUCUGUAGCCACAACCAAGUUUCUGUUUCCUUCUAAAACGACUUCUGAGCAGGUUCAAAGUGCCCUAUCUGAUGGUGAUUUAGUGGGUGGUAGUGACGAUGGUGAAGGUGGUGGUGGUGAUGAUGACAGAGAUAGAGACGGCUUAUCCAUAAAUAAGUGUAUGGCAUGCUCCUCCUAUAGUGAAUCACAGGAAAUGGUAAUGAAUGAUCCAGAUGCCAAAGACAGCAGUCUUGUGGAUCCAAAUAAUCCAGUCUCAUUUUCACUAUCUGAGAAUUCUGGAGAAGAAAAGAAAGUCACCCGUGUAGUAUCAGACAGUCAAACCAAUCUGGAGAGAAGCCCUGAUAAAUCACCACCAAGAAAUGCAAGCCCCCAACAGCCCAGGGAUGGCAAAUGGGAAGAUGACACGCAGACUGGUGACGUCCUGCCUCCUUUCACCCCAGCAUCUAAAGCAUGGGCAGUUCUUACAAGUGAUGAAGAGAGUGGAUCAGGGCAAGGAACCUCAGAUAGCCUUAAUGAUAACGAGACCUCCACAGAUUCCAGUUUUCCAGAUGUUAGUGAAAGAGAUGUUGCUGAGGUCCCAGAAGCAGGUGACUCAGAAAUAACUCCUGGAUCCCCACAGUCCUCAACACCGACUGUUACUAGCAGGCACUCAGAAGUAGUCAACAUUGCAGAGGCAGAGGCCAGUAAUAGUAGCCAUGAGUCUCGUAUUGGUCUAGCUGAGGGGUUGGAAUCCGAGAAGAAGGCAGUUAUACCCCUUGUGAUCGUGUCCGCCCUGACUUUUAUCUGUCUAGUGGUUCUUGUGGGUAUUCUCAUCUACUGGAGGAAAUGCUUCCAGACGGCACACUUUUAUUUAGAGGACAGUACAUCUCCCCGAGUAAUAUCCACACCUCCAACACCUAUCUUUCCGAUUUCAGAUGAUGUUGGAGCAAUUCCAAUAAAGCACUUUCCAAAGCAUGUUGCAGACUUACAUGCAAGUAAUGGGUUUACUGAAGAAUUUGAGACACUGAAAGAGUUUUACCAGGAAGUGCAGAGCUGUACUGUUGAUCUAGGCAUCACAGCAGACAGCUCCAACCACCCAGACAAUAAGCACAAGAACCGAUACAUAAAUAUUGUUGCCUAUGAUCAUAGUAGGGUUAAGCUUGCACAACUUGCCGAGAAAGAUGGCAAACUGACUGAUUACAUCAAUGCCAAUUAUGUUGACGGCUACAACAGACCAAAAGCUUACAUUGCUGCCCAAGGCCCACUGAAAUCCACAGCCGAAGACUUCUGGAGAAUGAUAUGGGAACAUAACGUGGAGGUUAUUGUCAUGAUAACAAACCUCGUGGAGAAAGGAAGGAGAAAAUGUGACCAGUACUGGCCUGCUGAUGGUAGCGAAGAGUAUGGGAACUUUUUGGUCACUCAGAAGAGUGUUCAAAUGCUUGCCUAUUAUACCGUGAGGAAUUUUACUCUAAGAAACACAAAGAUAAAAAAGGGCUCCCAGAAAGGAAGACCCAGUGGGCGCGUGGUUACCCAGUACCACUACACUCAGUGGCCUGAUAUGGGGGUGCCGGAGUUCUCACUACCUGUGCUGACCUUUGUGAGAAAGGCAUCCCACGCCAAGCGCCAUGCGGUGGGGCCUGUGGUCGUCCACUGCAGUGCUGGGGUUGGAAGAACAGGCACCUAUAUUGUGUUAGACAGUAUGUUGCAGCAAAUUCAACAUGAAGGAACUGUCAACGUAUUUGGCUUCUUAAAACACAUUCGUUCACAAAGAAAUUAUUUGGUGCAAACUGAGGAACAGUAUGUCUUCAUUCACGAUGCACUGGUGGAAGCCAUCCUCAGCAAAGAGACUGAGGUGCCCGACAGUCACAUUCACUCCUAUGUCAACACGCUCCUCAUUCCUGGGCCAACAGGCAAAACAAAGCUAGAGAAACAAUUCAAGCUGCUGAGUCAAUCAAAUAUACAGCAGAGUGACUAUUCUACAGCCCUCAAGCAAUGCAACAGAGAAAAGAACAGAACCUCUUCCAUCAUCCCUGUGGAAAGAUCAAGGGUUGGCAUUUCAUCCCUGAGUGGGGAAGGCACAGACUACAUCAAUGCCUCCUACAUCAUGGGUUAUCAUCAAAGCAGUGAAUUCAUCAUCACCCAGCAUCCCCUUCUCCACACCAUCAAGGAUUUCUGGAGGAUGAUAUGGGACCAUAACGCCCAGUUGGUAGUUAUGCUUCCUGAUGGGCAGAACAUGGCAGAAGAUGAAUUUGUUUACUGGCCAAAUAAAGAUGAGCCUAUAAAUUGUGAGACUUUUAAGGUCACUCUUAUGGCUGAAGAGCACAAAUGUCUGUCUAAUGAAGAAAAACUUGUAAUUCAAGAUUUUAUCUUAGAAGCUACACAGGAUGAUUAUGUACUUGAAGUGAGGCAUUUUCAGUGUCCCAAAUGGCCAAAUCCAGAUAGCCCCAUUAGCAAAACUUUUGAACUUAUAAGUAUCAUCAAAGAAGAAGCUGCCAGCAGGGAUGGGCCCAUGAUCAUUCAUGAUGAGCAUGGAGGAGUGACAGCAGGAACUUUCUGUGCUCUGACAACCCUUAUGCACCAACUGGAAAAAGAAAAUUCCAUGGAUGUUUACCAGGUAGCCAAGAUGAUCAAUCUGAUGAGGCCAGGAGUCUUUGCUGACAUUGAACAGUAUCAGUUUCUCUACAAAGCCGUCCUCAGUCUUGUGAGUACGAGACAGGAAGAGAAUCCAUCCACCUCUCUGGACAGUAACGGUGUGGCCUUGCCUGAUGGAAUUAUAGCCGAGAGCUUAGAGUCUUUAGUUUAGCACAGAAGGGGGAGCAGGAAGUCCGUAUCUGACCCUUGUUUUCCCCUUGCUAAAGUCAGACAGGAAAAUCAGUUCAGUUCUUCUGUUACCUGUUUGUUUCCCAUCACCUGACAGUAACUUUCAUGACAUAGGAUUCUGCUGCCAAAUUUACAUCAUUAACAAUGUGUGCCUUUCUGCAGAACUUCUUGUAAUUCACUUACUAUGUUUCAACUAAAAUGAUUGAAUUUUACAGUAUUUCUAAGGAUGGAAUUGUGGCAUUUUUUUUUCUUGUAUUGAUUUUAACAGAAAAUUUCAAUUCGUAGAUACUAGGAAUUCCCAACUACAGAAAACAUGUUUGUUUUUAGUGUCAAAUUUUUAGCUGUCUUUGUAGCAAUCAUCAGGUUUGCUAGAAAUGUAACUUUUAAUAUAGUAUACUGUAAAUAAAACACUCUGUUCCGUAUGAUGUUCAACAUUUACAACUGCAGUAUUCACCUAAAGUAGGAAUAAUCUGGUACUUAACUGUAAAUACUGCUGUAGUGUCUCCAUGGACCAAAUUUAUAUUUAUAAUUGUAGAUUUUUAUAUUUUACUACUGAGUCAUUUUCUAGUUCUGUGUAAUUGUUUAGUUUAAUGCUGUAGUUCAUUUUCUGGUCUUACUCUUCAAGUCUUCUGAUAUUGUUUUGUGUUAUCUCAGUGAUUAACUCUGUUUUAGCAUGUAACUUUAACUUUUAUGGAAAAUAGACAUUUGUUCCGAAAGACGUUUGUAUGAGAAUAACUCUGUACCCAACGCUGUUUAAAUGGUUUUUAUCCAAGGCAUUGCAAAAAUAAAUAUAAAUAUUGCCAUUGA